GAACGGGCGCGGAGCAGAGUGUAUCGCGUGUCGUCUCCUCGUCGACGAGCGCCGGUUCUCGCGCGCGUGGAAUAUCCGAGCGGCCGUUCGACGGACACGAGCAGUCGCGUGCUGACCAGCCGACCGUGCGUACGGGUCGGUCGCUGCCACACGCGCACAGGCACCUGUCGCAUGCUUCGAUCGUCGAUCGAUGACAGAUACCGGCCAACGAAUCCUCGAUUCUUCUCGAAAAUCCUUCGAGCUGUCCAACCUCGUGAAUCCCAUCGGAAAAUUCGGACGUCAACGUCGAUUCCCGAUUCAGGACACUUUUCCCAGUGAGACGCACACUUGAUCGACGUUUCGGCUGUCAGCGACAUUGUGAAUAUCCUUGUGGAAGCCACUGAUCGAACUGGAAGUAGGAAUAUUCCGUCGGAGUUGACAGUGAUUGGGGAGGUUUUUCUCUGAUUCGGAGAUUUUUCGAUUUGGUUGGAGGGAGCAAGGUGGAUGCACCUGUCGCGUGACAUUGGCACUCGGUUUCGGUUAAUGAGUCGCGUCCGAUUGUCUCGGAUCUGACGAUCCGAAGUCAGUUUGGUAGCUGUCUAGUGAGAAGAAUCGGUUUUGAAGGGCACCAUGCUGAACGACAACGUGUGGAAGCACAGGCGGGUGCCUGUACCGAAGAGGACCAUCGAACUGAUCGCGCUCAUAGCGAUUUCCAGCACGCUGUUUCUCUUCCUGCACACCAGAGAGCUUCAUUCCCGGCUGCGAAAAAUGGAGGUGCGCCUUCAGCCCAGCGAAGACGAGAUGCUGUCGGCGAAUCAACUCUCGUACGAAGCAGCGCAAACAGAUACUAAUCCAAGUGGAACUGUCCAUUAUUCUAACGGACACCGUUUGUUCGCAAUGAAGCACAGAGAAUCGGAAAUAUUGGAUAUCGAUGCGUUGAACAACACCAAGAGAGCGGGCAAGAAGGUUCUAUUCUUCAAUCGCGUGCCAAAGGUGGGCUCGCAAACGUUUAUGGAACUGCUGAGGAGGCUGUCGAUGAGGAAUGGCUUCUCGUUUAACAGAGAUCGUGUGCAGAGAGUCGAGACCAUACGUCUUGCGCCCAUUGAACAGUUGCAACUCGCCAGAAUGGUCAGCAGCUACUCGGAGCCAUCCGUAUACAUAAAGCAUGUGUGCUUCACCAACUUCACAGAGUUCAACUUGCCGCAGCCAAUUUACAUCAAUAUAGUCCGGGAUCCUGUCGAGAGAGUGAUAUCCUGGUACUAUUACGUGCGAGCGCCUUGGUAUUACGUCGAGAGAAAGCAAAUAUUCCCAGACCUGCCCCUGCCGGAUCCCAAUUGGCUGAAGAAGGACUUCGAGUCCUGUGUACUUAAGGCGGACCGUGAAUGCAGAUAUCUGGAGGGCGAAAUCCACGAGGGGAUCGGCGAUCACCGCAGACAAACGCUUUUCUUCUGCGGGCACAGCGAGAGAUGCACUCCGUUCAAUACAGUGGGCGCUUUAGAACGAGCGAAGAUGGCCGUGGAGAAAGACUAUGCGGUGGUCGGUGUGCUCGAGGAUGUGAACGCCACCCUGACAGUAUUGGAAAAUUACAUACCACGAUUUUUUCGCGGCGCCACAGACGUUUACUAUGACGAGGUGAACGCUUUCACAAGAAUCAACCGAAACUUUUUCAAGCCCCCAGUCAGCGAAGAAGUGAAGGACAUGGUGCGCAGUAAUUUCACGAGGGAAAUCGAAUUUUAUCAGUUCUGCAAGCAACGAUUGCACAAACAACUGAGGGCUUUGAAACUGUCGAAGAAUGGACAGUUUCCUGAAAACAACAGCUUAUAACGCCGUCUCAGAAUAUUAAAGAUGGUGAAAUAUUCAAUGGACAUGAUUCAGUCAUUCUCCGACAAAAUGGACGAAGGGGUUGGAGAAAGUUCAACAUUGUCUCAAAGAGAAGUUGGAAAAGGGGAACAAUAUAUCUUCGCAAGGAGAAUAUCCCCGAUUGAAAAAGAAAAAAAAAGUGACAGUAAAGAAAGAAUAAAAGAUUCACGAAUAAUCGUUUCCUUUAAAGAAAGCUCGCGCGAUUCAAGAUGGUCGGCGAAGAUUCACUGGCGCGAGGAACCAACGUUCCAUGUUAGCGAACAAGUAUUCCGAUAAGCGAGUAUACGUUGUGAUUGAUGAGAGUGAGUGAUUCGAACUCGAACGGGACACUUGUAUCGAGUGCCGUUUUUACUUUGUGAUCGUUUAUCCUAUAUUUUCUAUCGCGUAACUUAACAAGACAGUGAUGUAACCGUCGAUUACGAUGAGACUCGUAGAUGUACACGGAUGCGAGGCAUUAGUCGUAUUUUAUUUAUGUUUGUAAAACCAUGAUUUCCGCGCGUGUUUCUGAACAUGUGAGCGUAGCGAUGUUAGAUUAUUCAUUUUUCUUCGGUGAUUUGAGGAUCCUUGUCAAGACUGAUCGAAAGGACAGACAUUGUUUUUGUCGGUGGGUACUUAAAUAACAGCAACGAGAGAAACACACAGGGUAAUCGUAGGAUACUGCUUUCCAGGCAACUCUGCCGCCCCUUUUUUUUAUCGUCGACAUAAGGCGUUUUUUUAAUGUCCAACUGUUUCACUCUUUUUCAUAAUAAACAGCUGCCAUUUCGAUAUACACGAGUUUGUUCUUUGUUCACCUUAUAAUACAGCUUUCGAUGAGAAUUCUAUCGAAUUGAAAAGCGUAAUCGUCACAGAAGUUACUUACAGAAAUAUGCGAAAAAUCGCUGAUUUCUUAGAGAUUAUUAUAUUAUAAGACUUCGAUGACUUUCAAGGUUGAACGAUCUCCAUUUUUUCUUCCAUGAUACGUGGAUACUAUAGUCUAGAUCAUCGUCCUAAUAAUUAACGAAUUAGUAGCUAAGC